UAGUUGGGGAUAAACCUGGUAAUUGGGAUCUCUUGUUGCCUGUGGCUGAGUUUGCUUAUAACAACUCAAUUAAUUGAAGUACCGAUUCUGCUAUGUCGUUUGCUGAACAUAUUAGGCAACUGCAUGAUGACAUCCGUAGGCAGAUAUCCAUGCACACCAACACUUAUAAAUUGGCAGCCAAUGCUCAUCGUCGUCAACAGGAGUUUCAGGAAGGGGAUUUUGUUAUGGUGCGGAUUUGUCCUGAACAUUUUCCUAAGCACUCUUUUAAGAAGCUUCAUGCUCGUUCAAUGGGUCCUUAUCGUAUCAUUAAGAAGCUUGGGUCCAAUGCUUAUUUGAUUGAGUUGCCUGCAGAUAUGCAUAUAAGUCCCAUUUUCAAUAUUUCUGAUUUAUCUCCUUAUCGGGGCACCUUUUCUCCACCUAUUUCUAUGGAUGUUGCUCAGGGUUCCACUCCUCCUAUGGUGCCGCGUAUUCCUUCUACUAGUUCUGUCCCUACAGAUCAGAUUGAGGACGUCUUGGAUCAUGAAGUUGUGGCCUCGUCUAUUGGAGGUUCUACCCGUUAUCUUGUUCGUUGGGUUGGAAGGCCUGCUACUGAGGAUACUUGGAUUACAGAAGCUGAAUUUUGCCAGUUGGAUUCUACUCUUCUGCAAAGUUAUCAGGAUGCUCUUCAUGAUCUGGAUUUGGCUGCAUCCCGUCCUCCCAUCAUCCAUACUUACAAACGUCGUCGUCAUCCAUAAUCUUGGUUUACUCGCCAGUGUCGAGUUCUUUUUCGGUGGGGGAGAAUGAUGCAGAAUGCAUAUUAUUACUUUUCCUCUUAUUAGUUUUCCUAUUAUUAGUUUUCCUAGUUCUUAAAGAUUCCUUCUUGUUAAAGGAUCUCUUAUUAGUUAAUUUGCUUUCCUAUUUCUUAAAGUUUACUUUUCCUUUUCCUAGACUAAAAAGGGUUUUGCCUCUAUAAAUAGAGUUGUUUGUAAUUUUUAGGCAGACUUGGUUAAUGAUAAAUUUCCUUACUUUAAACUCUCUGAUUCCUUCCCUUUCCCUUCGUCUCUUCGAUCUCUAAUUCUUCUCCUCGCUCCCUUAUUUCUUCUCUGUUCUAUUGCUCAAGUGUUUA